AUGUCAAAGAAAUUAGUUGUUGUAUCACAAGCUUUCAGUAAGCAAGGUCAGAGUAUUAUUAAUAGUUUGAGAAAUAAUGGUGGCUAUUCAAUUAGAGCUCUUACCAGCAGAACUUUGGAUACUCCUCAGGCUUUGAAGCUGGUCGAGAGCGGUGUCGAAGUUGUACAGGCCGACCUUAAGGAUAAAAACAGUUUGGUCAGUGCAUUCAGUGGUGCGUACGCAGCAUUUGUUGUUCGUCCAGCAAUCCCACCAGUGGUCCCAAAUUUCAGAGAUGUCGAAUUUGCUGCCUUGAAAACACAAGCCGAUGCCGCACAAGAAGCAAACGUCCAACAUGCCAUCGUCUCAAUGACCGACGCGCCAGUCGACGAGAACGGAAAGACUGCCAUUCAAAAGUACAUUGAAGAUCUCCCACUUAAAUACGUUUCCACAAUGUAUCUACAGUUUUUCUAUUCCAAUUUGAUUGAGUUUACACCACCAAAGAAACAAGAGGAUGGAUCGUUCGUAUUUGCUUCGCCAAUCGAGGCGGACAUCGCAACUCCCUACGUCGAUCCAUACACCGCUACAGGCCAGGUGUUUGUAGAGUUCCUCGAGAAUCCAGCGGUCUACAAUCGUGUCGCGCUGACAGUGGCAACGGAAUCACUUACCGGUCCACAGAUUGCAGAGACAUUCCAGCGUGUCACAGGUCACAAAGCAACCUAUCGUGUCCAGACACUCGAGCAGUACUUGGAAGCCAGCGGUUUCAACGCAAGUCCACAAUACCAAUAUGUUGGUACUGUACUCUAUCAACACUGGGUAGAUUCCGUCAAGAAUCCAUCGGUACUCAAGAAGAAUCCACCCAAACUUCACAGUGCCAACCAAAGAACCUGGGAGCAAUUCCUUCAAGCUACCAAAUGGCAAGGUGAAAGUUUCCAAGAUUUCAAAGAAAAGAAUAACUAUUAA